AAACCCGGAUCAGUCAGACAUAUGCACCCCCGAAUAGUCAUCACUAGUGCUGUGCGCACUGGGAUUCGGUUUUUGUGUGGAACCCAAGUCGCAGUCGACGUCGCGAAUUAAGCGCUCCGGGUCUUCAGGCCUGAUAAGUCCGCAGUUGGCAUUCAGACGCCGGCCCGUCCGGAAUAUAGAUUCUCGCUCCUUAGAUUGUACUGUACGUCUGCGUGCUCGUCUCCGUCCGGUUCUUCUUCUUCUUCUUCUUGGAUUCGCCAGUUAUACGAGUGCCAGAGUAACUGUUGUUUGCGUGUUGCGUGCGAGAGAGAGCGGACAAAACGAUUAUUUAAUUUACCCGCAUUCCGUUUUUCGAGGAGGCCGCGUGUGAACGACAAUCCGAAAAUCAUAUAUCUCUGUGUGGAUCCGCAGAUGUUAUACAAUAUGCCGGAGUAGCCAUCUGACCCAUUCAAAGGUCAAGACGAUACGCGCUAAUCUGACUUCCGAUCCAAGUGCAAACUCCCCACCACUUCCCCUCUCGCUUGCUUCCCCUCGUUAUCACCUUUCACCAACUAACUAACUAGUGGAACAGCAAAAACAUAUUAGAAAAAUAGUACAAUACACCAAUUACAAGAUGGGUUGCAUGCGCUAUUUGUCGGACGCUCAUUUGCGGGGCUUCGAGCGCUACAAGUACAGCAGUAUAGACACGAGUUUCCUCAGUGUGUAUGUGAUGCACCCAUUCUGGAACUACUGCGUAAAGUUUGUUCCCAAAUGGCUGGCGCCCAACGUUCUGACCUUUGUGGGAUUCCUGAUGACUGUCGUCAACUUUAUCCUGAUAGCUUACUACGACUGGGAUUUCAAAGCGGCCAACUCACACACCAACUCAGUGCCCGCUUGGGUGUGGACAGUGGCCGCCAUAAAUAUACUCAUCUACUACAAUUUGGACGGCAUGGAUGGCAAGCAGGCGCGAAGAACUGGAACGAGUGGACCUUUGGGGGAGCUAUUCGAUCAUGGAUUGGACUCCUAUUCAGCUGCCCUGAUUCCCAUUUAUCUAUUUUCCCUCUUUGGAACUGAUGAUUUACCGCCAAUUCGCAUGUUCUUCGUGAUCUGGAACGUGUUUCUCAACUUCUAUUUGACGCAUGUGGAGAAGUACAAUACUGGGGUUAUGUUUUUGCCCUGGGGAUACGACUUUACCAUGUGGGGAGUUAGUGGCAUGCUUUUUGUGGCAACUGUUUUUGGGCCCGAGAUCUAUCGCUUUAGUUAUCAUGGUUUCACAGUGGCCAAUAUGUUCGAGGUGGUUCUAAUUGGUUCCGGAAUGGUCAGCAGUCAUCCUAUUAUAGCCAGAAAUAUCUAUCUAUCCUACAAAAACAAGACGGGGAAAAUGCGACCCAUGUUUGAAAUGCUGCGUCCCUUCUUCGCAUUUCUCUGGCUCUUUGUGAUCACAAUAAUCUGGUCGUUCUUCUCUCGAAACAAUAUAAUUAAUUCAGAGCCACGUACUUUGUGGAUACUCUACGGCACAAUAUUCUCAAAUAUAGCUUGCCGUUUGAUUGUCGCACAAAUGUCGGACAUGCGUUGCGAUGCCUUCAAUGUGCUCAUGUGGCCACUGGCCGCCACAGUGGCUGUCUGCUGUUUUCCGUAUUAUCAGCUGGUUUUCGAAACGGAUCUCACGGCAGAUGGGGAACGAUGGAUACUGUAUGGUCUUACAAUUUUCUCAACAUUGGCCCACUGGCACUACGGCUUUGGUGUGGUGUCCGAGAUGUGCGACCACUUCCACAUUCGCUGCUUCAAAGUAAGAAAAUCUAGCAGCCAAUCGGAUGCAGAUUUAACUCAACAGCUUCUCCAGAAUAAUAACAAAACCAAAACGUUGAAAAGCCAUUGAAACUAAAUCGCCCACUAACCAAAAUCACAUCAAACAAACGGGGACAACCAAAAUCAACCAUCUUGUGAUAUAUAGUAUAUUAUAUAUAUAUAAAUGGGUUCCAAAACAUUUAGCCCUCGCCUAAAUUCUAGGUUCUAAGUGGUCCAUACUCAAAUCAAAACACUAAACCGAUACUCGCCCUCACGCGGUUUCUAAUGUGGUAAAGUCCAUACGAAGAUAUUAUGUAAUCCCAAACCUAAUCAUAGACUAUAUAAGAUCUAUAACGUACUUAUCUCUAGGAUAAGCCCGCAUGUAAGAAACGAUCUUCGAAGGUAGCUUUAACCAGCAUGUAGAUUGAUUGAGCUAACCGCAUGAUUCGAUAAGUAUUAUGUGCCUGAAGACAACUGAUAUAUGGAGUUGUGCAACUAUGACAAAGCAAAGGCUUUUUUAACAGUAUCGUCCGUCGUAUUGUAAUUUUCUGUAGAUCACGAAACCGACUGUCCCCGCUGAAGAGGAGCUGCAGGCAGUUGUCGAAGACGCCAAGCCCACGGAAAACGUUGAAGAAGUCUAGCACUCGUCGGUUCUUCUGCAUUGUGUUGUGUUUAAACUUUAAAUCGUUACCUAGGUACAGUUGUUAAGGAAUAUAAGAAUAUAAGAAUAUAAAUGUUAGCUUUAAAGAAA